CAGUGCUGGGUUAGUGGCUGGACUUGAUGAUCUUAAAGGUCUCUUUCAACCUAAGUGAUUAUAUGGGUUUGUGUUUGAACUAAGCACCUUACUGAAUGGCAUUCAGCCAGUGGUACUUUGCCAUCCAAAGAUGACCACGGCGAUAAGAUGGUCUUUGGGAUUUUUUCAUCAGUGCUGUAAGUUAGCAGGGUUCAUGGGUAGGUUUUGCUUGGGUUUGCAUGGUGAAGGAUGGUGCCCUUUACCAUUAAACACAUGUGCUUGAACUUCUUAGUGACUGAGGCCUUUUGUUGUGCUAGUGGUAUUGCGUUGGUAUGUUAUUAGUUAAUGAGGAGCAUGAAAUCCUUGGAUUAGAAGCUCAGGUGGUGUCAAGAGCACAGAGUGCAGAGGGAUGAGAACAGAGCUGCUUUCUUAGUUUGCGUUUAGUUUGGAUAGGAAGGGUUAGGAAUUUUCUAUUCUGUAUCAUUUUGAUAGGGUCAGCUGGACUUGAAGGAAAGCAGAUGCAGAUAUUUAAUAAUGGCAAAAAUGGUAAUAAUUGUUUUCUGGUCUUCCUUGUAGCCCGUAAAUGGCACAGAAAUGGCAUCAAGAAACCCAGAUCCCAUAGAUACGAAUCUCUCAAAGGGGUUGAUCCCAAGUUUCUGAGAAACAUGAGAUUUGCAAAGAAACACAACAAAAAGGGUCUGAAGAAGAUGCAGGCCAACAAUGCCAAGCAGGCUGCUCAGCAGAAAAAGGACUGACGUGGUUUAAGACAAAAGAACCAGUUUUCCUAUUGGCAUGUGUGUUAUAGCAUUUCUGUAAGAAAUAAAAUUGGACAUAACAAAGUCUUUACCUCCCGCAUUGGAGGAGAACCCUC